ACUGGGAGCUGGACUGACUCCUGACACACCCAGUCCCCUCCAAAGCCUGCCACGACCCUCCAGGCUGGGGACUCCCCUGGCCCCUCCCCCAACCCUGCGCUCUGUCCUCAGGUCCCCUGCAUGGUAUCAGCGAUGCUGCUUCACCCCAUCUCCGAGGCCAGGUGUGUUCCCCCCAGCCCCAGUCCUCAGGCAUUUCUCUGAGUCCUCGCCCCCCGUCGAGGUCCCCAUGGCGGGCACGGCGGCAGCAGGUGGGCGGCCUCCCCGGGUGAGCAUGCAGGAGCACAUGGCCAUCGAUGUGAGCCCGGGCCCCAUCCGGCCCAUCCGUCUCAUCUCCCACUACUUCCCGCACUUUUACCCUUUGACGGAGCCUACCCUGCACUCUCCGGACCAGCGCCCCGCGGCGGCGUCCACCAUCCGCUCUGCACCCCAGCCGCAGCCCGACCCAGAGCCAGAGAGAGACUCAGACGACAGCACUGCCCUGGCCACCCUGGAGUUCACACUUCUUUUUGAUGCGGACAACAGUGCCUUGCACUGCACAGUUCAUCGUGCCAAGGGCCUCAAGCCGUUGGCCUCAGGCUCUGUGGACACCCAUGUCAAAGCGAAUCUGCUGCCAGGGAACAGCAAGGCCAGCCAGCUUCGGACACGCACCAUUCGAGGUACGAGGGUACCUGUCUGGGAGGAGACACUCACCUAUCACGGCUUCACCCGCCAGGAUGUUGCGUGCAAGACCCUUAGGCUGUGUGUGUGCGAGGACCCAUGGCUGCGGCGACGGUGGCGGGUACCUCCCCUAGGGGAGCUGCAGGUGCCCCUGAGGAAGCUGGUGCCAAACCGAGCCAGGAGCUUCGACAUCUAUCUGGAGAAGCGGAGGCUGGCCAAGAGGCCCAAGAGCCUGGACACAGCCCGCGGCAUGUCCCUCUAUGAGGAGGAGGUGGAGACAGAGGUGGCCUGGGAGGAACAUGGGCGCGUCCUGCUGUCACUGUGCUACAGCUCUCAGCGGGGUGGCUUGCUGGUGGGUGUGCUGCGCUGCGUCCACCUGGCCCCCAUGGAUGCCAAUGGUUACUCGGACCCCUUUGUGCGCCUUUUCCUGCAUCCAAAUGCAGGGAAGAAAUCUAAAUUCAAGACCAGUGUUCGCAGGAAGACCCUGAACCCCGAGUUCAAUGAGGAAUUCUUCUACUCAGGCCCACGGGAGGAGCUGGCCCAGAAGACGCUGCUAGUGUCUGUGUGGGACUAUGACCUGGGCACGGCUGAUGACUUCAUUGGUGAGUGGGAACAUGAGGAGCUGGGGUGGGGGCCCAGUAGGCUACUGGCGGUUCCUGACCCAUCCCCCAUGGCAGGCGGGGUGCAGCUGGGCAGCCAUGCCAGUGGGGAGCGCCUGCAGCACUGGCUUGAGUGCCUGGGCCACAGUGACCACCGCCUGGAGCUGUGGCACCCACUGGACAGCAAGCCUGUCCAGCUCAGCAACUAGCCCAGGGGCCCUGCCUGCCGCCCCCCCACUACAGCUGCCUGAAGCGUCCCCACAAAAAUGAUGGAGGUUGGGGCUGCCUCACCCAUCACGCCCCCCAGGCCCAAGUCAGAGAGGUGUUUCCUCUCUCUCCGCUUUCACAUUCACCUCCCCCCCAAUCAUGGAGCCGAAAUAAACAUCUCUUUCAAGCCA